CACCGGUACUCCCUCCGGGUUCGGAUCGCUCUUUUCGUGCGUCGUUGACUCCGCUGACAGCUCCUCCGGAAGUCCCUAAGAGCUCCUGUCGCUUUAUCUGUGAACAAAAGGUUUUUCUGGCUUUGUUUUUUCUUCUGUCAGUAAGAAAAAAAGCAGCCCUAGCCGGUGUCAGAUGACAGGAGGAAUGGAGGAAUUUCAUAACGGAAGCGAGGGCUCAUUCAAUGCAGAAGAAGCUGACACCAUAGUCAAAGAAUGCAUUGAGAACGUCGUGGGCGGCGGAGACUACAGCCAGAGUCAGGUGAACAAGUGGACGGCGAACAUCGUGGAGCGCUGCCUCACGCAGCUCGUCAAACAGGGCAAGCCGUACAAGUACAUCGUGACGUGUGCUGUGAUGCAGAAAACAGGUGCCGGCCUCCACACAGCCAACUCCUGCUACUGGGACACUGCCAUGGACGGGAGCUGCACGGUGAGGUGGGAAAACCGCACCAUGUACUGUGUGGUCAGCGUGUUCGCCGUGGCCACCGCAUAGAAAAACACACACACAUUAAUGAAUCCACGAGGAGUGCAGUGUGCUCUUGUGACCAGCAGGAGGACACCAAGUGCCACAGAGCCUUCACCCGUACAGCUGUCUGUGCCUUCUGUCAGCUCCCUUAGACCAGUGAGCUCUGAGCAGCAGCUGCAGUGGCUCAAACAGCUGUAUGGCUUCAGUUUCCAGCCUUCAGGUGCAUGAAACGCCUUCAUCGUAAUGUAUUUACUCCCCUCGCGCCACCGCCGUGCUUUCAUAGCUUGAUGUUCAGCUGCAUUUAUCCCAGACGCCUGACAGCUUGCUGUAAAACGACACGUUCAGUCAGGUCCUUCAGUGUUUUGUCUGUUUGUGAAUCAUGUAGAUGAGAGAGAGAAAAGACACUUUUUGUACUCGAGCUGCAGGAUAAUAAACACGAAGACAUUUAAGAACGAG